AGUUGCCGCUCUGAUUUCACCUCAAAAACUCUACAAAUCCCACCUUUGAUCCAAAAUCAACCAUGGAGAGCUUUUAUAGUGUUUCCGCCAUUUCUCCAAUUUCGAAAAAUGUUGGAUUUUCUAGGAUUAGGACCGAAUUUGCAACUUCAAUUGCAAAUGGGGAACUUUUUUUGAAUAAUUAUUCAUCUACUAUCCUGAAGGUGCAGUCUCAAAAAUCAAGACAUGCAUUUGUAGUCAAAGCUGAUUCAUCUGUUGACACCACAAAGAAGGAAAACAGGGAGCCUGUGAAACCGCUUUACUCUUCUACGCCUUCUAAUCGUCCUCUUCGAACUCCUCAUAGCGGGUAUCAUUUUGAUGGAAGUACCAGGAAAUUCUUUGAAGGUUGGUUCUUUAAGGUAUCAAUUCCAGAGUGCAGACAGAGUUUCUGCUUCAUGUAUUCUGUAGAGAGUCCUUCAUUUACCAAGAAAUUAAGCAGCUUUGAGGAGCUGCAAUAUGGUCCUCGGUUUACUGGUGUGGGAGCUCAAAUUCUUGGUGCAGAUGACAAGUACAUUUGUCAAUAUAGUGAAGAGUCUUCAAACUUCUGGGGAAGUAGGCAUGAACUGAUGCUUGGUAACACCUUUGUUGCCCAAAAUAGUGCUAAACCCCCAAAUAAGGAAGUUCGCCCUCAGGAGUUCAAUCACCGCGUCACAGAGGGUUUUCAAGUCACCCCACUUUGGCAUCAAGGAUCUAUUCGAGAUGACGGGAGGACAGAUUAUACUGAAAUUGUGAAAACUGCUAGCUGGGAGUAUAGCACACGGCCCAUUUAUGGAUGGGGCGAUGUUAACUCAAAGCAGAAGUCCACGGCAGGAUGGCCUGCUGCUUUUCCAGUAUUUGAGCCACAUUGGCAAGUUUGCAUGGCAGCUGGACUUUCAACAGGCUGGAUAGAGUGGGAUGGUCAGCGGUUUGAGUUUCAAAAUGCCCCUUCUUACUCCGAAAAGAACUGGGGUGGUUCCUUCCCAAGAAAGUGGUUUUGGGUCCAGUGCAGUGUAUUUGAAGGUGCAAUUGGAGAUGUUGCUUUGACUGCUGGUGGUGGAUUAAGGCGACUUCCGGGAUUGAAUGAGACUUUUGAAAGUGUUGCUCUGAUAGGAAUUCACUAUGGAGGUAUCUUCUAUGAAUUUGUUCCAUGGAAUGCUAGUGUUAGUUGGGAAAUCACUCCCUGGGGUAAAUGGCAUAUAUCUGCGGAGAAUGAGACACAUAUGGUAUUACUAGAAGCAACAACAGAAGAUCCUGGAACCACAUUGCGGGCUCCUACAGAAGAGAUGGGACUCGCUCCUGCGUGUAGAGACACUUGUUUCGGUGAGCUAAGACUGCAGUUGUGGGAACGGAAGAGUAAUGGGAGUAAAGGAGAGGUUAUUUUGGAUGUUACAAGCAAUAUGGCAGGUCUAGAAGUUGGGGGAGGGCCAUGGUUCAACACAUGGAAGGGAAAAGCAGAGAUGCCGGAAAUUGUUACUCGAGCUAUCAAUGUUCCUGUGGAUUUGGAUGGCAUAUUCAGCUGUGUUCCUUCACUUCUCAAACCUCCUGGCCUUUGAGCAAAAGGCAAAAAGGGAGCAACUUUAUGGCAAAACUAGUUAUAGAAUGAGAAUCAUUAUACUUGAUUACAUUUUGUAAAUAGCGUCAUCUUGCCUAUUGACUUGUCUCAGGUUGCACCUAACAGUAUUUUUAUGGAAAAUCUUAUUGCUAGUAUAGCAGAA